GCCACGCACUGGGUCAGUGGGGGAGCAUGGCCUAGAGGCCAAACCUCUUACCCAUCAGGGCCAGGUGCUGGCUCACAGCUGCUUCAGAUGGUUUCCAGCCCACCUAGGACCUAAAUUAACCUCUUCUUAAAUAAGCGUAAGGAAAAAGGACUCAGACCUGAAUACGCAAGACCGCAGACCAAGAAGAGCAAAAGCAAAACCCCCGCAGCCUGAGAAACCCUAGCUCCUUCCCAUUCCAGGCGCCUCGGGUGGAAGGCAUCUGGGGCUCUAAGACUGUGAGAGGAUGGGGUAUGACUGGCAAAGUCCGGUUCUUUGCCACCGGGACAAGUGGUAAAGCGGUCAACGAGACGGGAACCCAUGGAGAAAUUUGAGUCCCGGAACCGGAUUCCCGAAGCGGUUUGAGAAAGGCGGGCCGGGAUACGUGAGUGACUGCGUCAGAAGGGCUCUUUCAAGGACAGUAAGGAGGUGACAGCCGCCGUGGCCCACUCUCCCGGCCCGUCCGGAACCCCCCCGCCACCCGAUGCAGACGCCCUGGGGGAGCCGGCCCAGGGCCAACUUCGGCCAAUCCCCUCAGUGACAGCGGAGGCGGCCAAUCAACCCCGGCGCGCAGCCCUCUCCUAGCCAAUCGGACUCCAGACUGCUUCGGGAGCGGCUACCCCACCGCUCCCCUGCGAGCGCUGCCGCGGCCCCGUGGCCCUUUCCCUGCUCACCUCCCAGGGACGGCAGAGAAGGGCUGGCCUGAGCACUGCCUUCGCAGCGCCGCCGGCGACCGUCGCUACCUUCAGCGCCAUGACGGAAAGUGAGAGCCUCCGCACGUCCCGUCACGCAGACACCGCUCUCGCGAGAGUUCGACGGGGUGCGAAGUUUCGGGGACCGGCGCGGGCCCGGUACUGCGCACGCGCGCGGUCUCACCGAUUCCCACGCCCCCUUCCGGCGCCUAGAGCGCCGCUGCCGCCAUGUUGAGGGGGGAUCGCGACCAGCUGGGCCCCUGUCUCGGGGAGGGGCCACGUCAGUGCUGCCAGAGACGUCACAAUGCCGGCCCGGCCCUUCGGCAGAGAAGAGGCGAUGGCGGCGAUGGCAUAUCUCGGCGCCCUGGCGCUGCUCCUGCUGUCCAGCCUCUCCCGCUGCUCAGCUGAGGCCUGCCUGGAGCCCCAGAUCACCCCUUCCUACUACACCACUUCUGACGCUGUCAUUUCCACCGAGACUGUCUUUAUUGUGGAGAUCUCCCUGACAUGCAAGAACAGGGUCCAGAACAUGGCUCUGUAUGCUGACGUCGGUGGAAAACAAUUCCCUGUCACCCGAGGCCAGGACGUGGGGCGUUACCAGGUGUCCUGGAGCCUGGACCACAAGAGCGCCCACGCAGGCACCUAUGAAGUCAGAUUCUUCGACGAGGAGUCCUACAGCCUCCUCAGGAAGGCUCAGAGGAAUAACGAGGACAUUUCCAUCAUCCCGCCGCUGUUCACAGUCAGCGUGGACCAUCGGGGCACUUGGAACGGGCCCUGGGUGUCCACUGAGGUGCUGGCUGCGGCGAUUGGUCUUGUGAUCUACUACCUGGCCUUCAGCGCAAAGAGCCACAUCCAGGCCUGAGGGCGGCACCCCAGCCCUGCCCUUGCUUCCUUCAAUAAACAUCACAGGACCUGAGGCUG